AUGUCCCCCGUGCCCUAAACUACCGUCAUCAACCCCUAUGUUUUACUAGUAUUAUAUUAUUCUCUCCCCUUCGUAGAAUUAUGCUAAUAUAAAACCUUAUCAACCCAUCCAAAUUUUAAAGUUCUCUUCUUUCUCUUUCUCUGGCUGAUAAUCAAAAGUCACCAUGAAGAAGCUCUACCGGAGAGGUACGGUUCAUCCAUCUCCUCAGAUCACCACCGAUCAUCUGUCCUUCCUUCCGGCCGCCAUCUUAACUCUAGCGACUGCUCUUUCCCCAGAAGACAGGGAGGUUUUGGCCUAUCUCAUCUCUUGUUCCAACAACGAUUUUGGCAACUUGUCAAGCCAUGGAAAAAGCACCCAGAAAUAUCCGGCCAAAAGAAACAUGAGCUUCAGCAGCUGCCGCGAUCGUGACCAUCCACCUAUUUUUAGGUGUGAUUGUUUCAGGUGCUACAUGAGUUUCUGGGUCAGGUGGGACUCGUCGCCGAACCGGCAGCUGAUACACGAGAUUAUUGAUGCUUUUGAAGAUGGGUUAGCCCAAAGCAAGAAGACAAAGAGCAAGAAAGACAGGAAAAAGAAAAACGGCGGUAGCGGUACUAAUGGGUCAGGUGGUUUAAAACCAGCUGAUUUGAACUUUAGAAAGGAUGAGUCGAAUGAGUUGAAAUCGGUGGAAGUGAGUAGCAGCAGCAACGGUUGCGGUGGUGAAGUUUGUGGGGAUGAUGGAGAAGAAGAGGGAACAGAGAAGGGGACGGUAAGGAGGUUCGUGAACUUCAUUGGAGAGAGGAUUUUUAAUGUUUGGGGGCAGUAAGCAGAAUCCAAGAAAAAAGUUGGGUUUAAUUCCAGCCUAUAUUUCUUUCCAUAAGAGAAAGAGAAAUGAAAUUUCUUUAAUUAGUUUUGCUUCCUUUUUUGUUUUUCAAUGUAAAAAUGGGUGGUUUAAUCUUGAAAUCAAUCAUGUUUUUGUUGUUUUUGAAGCAA